AUGGCCACUGAUGAGCAGAAAAUCACCCUCAAAGUCUUUGUGAACAAGACCAAGGACUGCGUUGCUUUUGUCGAAUCGGACUUGGAUUUCGUGGAUGUUCUACUCAGCUUCCUCACGCUCCCUGUCGGCACCGUCGUCCGCCUUCUCAACAAGCGGUCGUCCUUGGGUUGCUUCGAUAAGCUUUACCAAGGCGUCGAACGUCUCGACAAGAAAUACCUUGCCACGGAAGCGUGCAGAUCGAUGUUGACGAAGCCGGUGAAUUCAUCUGGAGUAACAUGCCAGAAGUUAAAGAUUAAUAUUGAUGAUAUGGGAGACUAUUAUUCAAGCCUCGAAUGCCAUUGUGGUGAGGGCAUGGACGAGGCAAUUAGCUACGAUCUGAAUCAAGACAAUGUUAAUUACGAAGAGUGUCGUGGCGUAUUCAUCAGGGGGGAUAAAUUUCUUGUUACUGAUGCUCUUUUGGUAGCAUCAAUUGAGCACGCCACGUCGUCUUUUUUCGGUUGCUGUGGUGACUGGACUGGCCUCGAAGAGAGAUCGAUAGGAAUAAAACGAGCACAAUCCCUCGUUUCCGACACUCCACUGACUGAUGUCUUAUUGCGCAAGGAGGGAGAUAUCUCCCCCAAGUUUUCAGUUCCUCCUGUAAAAAAAACAGUCGCAAUCGAGGCGUUAGACAAGAAGAAGAUUAUAUACAGAAUCAAGCUGUCUCUUGUGGGGAACAAGGUGCUGUAUGCUGAAGCUAGUCAGGAUUUUGUUAAUGAAAUUUUCAGUUUCCUCACAUUCCCAUUGGGUACUUUAAAGAAGCAGCUGGGCGGUCGAUGUAGGAUUACAUGUCUUAAUAACUUGUAUGACAGUGCAAGACAAUUGCACACGUUAGGCUGCAUGGUUCCAGGCUGCGAAGAGAGACUACUUAAUCCUAAGCUUCCGCCAUAUUUUAACUGCAACAAUCGAGCUAUUGAAGUAGAGGUGGCGAGGGAAGAAAUGUACUACGCAUGUGACUACCGCUGCAGACUAAGCUCAACGAGGUACUACUGCUCCUCGCCUUUCCAUUAUGGUAGAAAGGCAAAACGGGCACUGCUACUAGAUCCCAAAACAUCACCCAAGGGAUUAGAUUUUCCUAAGGGAAGCUUCUGCAAGAAAUUAACGUACAUUGUUAGCGACGAACUGGUAGUCACCCCGUUCUCCUUCACAUCACUCUUUUCACUUCGCAGGCAAAUCUCUGAACCAGUCAAGAUGGUAGAGUUGGGCAUAGAUAAAGAAGAGGUCUGUCUAUCUUCUGUUGCUACAAUUGCAUUACAUCUAACUGUGAGAUUGAUGCUGCUUUCUUUGUUCGUGUUUCAGGUUCUUGAUUUGCUUGAUGCUGCUUUGUCUUCUAGCACAGCGCUGACAGAAGCAUUUUUUGAUAGAGCUAAUGCGGCGCUCUAUUUGGUCGAUGAGAAGGGUGAAUGA